AUGGCAAGCUUUGUCCGCGCAGAUGGGGCUUGGGCUUGGCGGAGCAAUCGCGAUCCGGACCGGACUCCGAACGACUUUCCAGCCUCAGGUUUCGUCACUGCACAAAUUGGAAAGAGCAUAUUGACACAGACACAAUCAUAUGGUCGGAGAAGAGCCCUCUAUUAUGACUCCCGCCAGCAUGGAAUUCCUUCCGACAUCCCCGACGACGUAACGAAUACCACCGCGCCGGAUCCGAGCACUUGGGGCGAAGCUUUGGCCGACUUUCCUUCUACCCACUGCGAUAUAAGCAGUCACUUUCGAAAUCAGAGUAUCAUUGCAAACAUUGAUCUUUGCGGGACCUGGGCUGGCUUCGACGCUGUCUAUACCACAGAAUAUGGAUGUCCAGGAGAUUGUUCGCAAUUUGUCGCCACUAAUAAUACGGCUUUUGAGACGGCGGUCUGGGAAUGGAAGAGCUGGAGAGUCCAUGAUUCAUGUAAUCUGGAGUUUGGGGCAUGUGAGUAUGUACUACGGCUUGGCACUUUCGCGUUCCUGCUUCCGUUGACCAAGCCGAUCCCUCACUCUGCAAAUGAGGCAGGUGAGGUUUCCAGAAUGCCUGCAUCUUCGACAUUUAACUCUAUGCUUCCUCCACCGUCCUUCAAUAUCUUUCAUACCCCAGCGACUGAACUGCGACACAACAGGUAUGCAACGAGAAAGGCCUCAAACUUGACUAGCUCCACAAGACUACCAACCAAGAUGGCGUAUAUCAAGCGCGAGCCGCUUGACGAGGACUUCUACAACGAGGACUUCUACAACGAGGACUUCCACGACUUUCCUAUCCCCCGAUCCGCCAGAGGCACUGCGAGCACCGUCACGUCGACUAUGUUCCGCUCUACCGCGCCAGUCGAGAGCGAUCGCGGCUACCUCGCGAAGAGGUCUCUCGCCGUCCAGAAGUGCAAGCAGUCAGACGAUCAGGAAGGACUCCAUGGCCAGGUCUUCGAAACCACCGGGAUCGUUGUAAAUGGCAUGUUCGUGCUCGAGGUCUCCCACAUGAUGUUCGACACCGGUGCCUCAUCAACAUUCAUCAGUUCUGCCGCAGCCCAGGCUGCGCGCCUCCGCAUCCUGGACUGCCCACCGAAGAGCUUCACCCUUGCCGAUGGCACUACCGUCACCCACAGCAAGUACACUGAAUUCAACAUUUACAUCGCGGGAGUCGAUCAAACCAUCAAAGCCUACGUGGAGAGUCAUCACACAGGUCACCACAUGCUCGUCGGUCUCAACACGAUCCGUCAAUUCCAAGGUCAAGCCAAUCUCGCCUUCGGCCGCAAGCAGGAGACGCGCUGGAGCAUUGCUCAAAACCAGACCGGACUUCGCAAGACUCGCUAUGUGCUUCGCGAAGACUCGCCUGUCGUCCCGCCAACUCUCCACGUCCACACCUACUCUGAAGGCAUGCGCUUGGCGAGAGGCGCGGUCGGGAGAUCCUGGAGCGUCACCGGAAUCGGGGCCGUCAGAUUAAGCAGCGCCACGAGCACAAGGCGGGAGUCGCUGGCGCCGAUGAGAGGAUCUAGCAAUUGCCAUGCAAUCGCCAAGAGACAGGCUAGAAAUAUCAAGGAUAUCAGGCCAUCGAGCAUCAAUUAUUGA